AUGUUGACUCCCAUCUUCCUCUUACUCGCCUUGCAUUUCGCGGCUUCUGAUAUACCACCAUACAUAAAAGUUUGUCAGAGAAAAGAUCCCAAUGUCGACAAGUGCAUCAUAAAUUCAGUGGAAGAGCUGCGGCCGAAGAUGAAAGAGGUAAGUUUUGAGAUGUUAUUUAUUAUAUAUGUCAUGUAUAAUGUUGUAAAUAUAUGA